AAAGCUAUUUACUUUUACAAGGGAAAUCACUUGUAAUCGGGGGAAAAAAGACAAACUUGGAAGUUUGCUUGUCUUCAACAACAUUUCGAAUCAUGCGAGUCGCUACUGUGUUUUCUCUUUCCAUCAUUUUUGUGUUGGGAGGAGUAUCAGCUUCGGCUGUUUCAUGGGAUUCCCCGGUUAGUGUCAGCGAAACUCAACUGGGUUCAGUCGCAGGCACGCACAUAAAGGCAGUUUCUGGUCACUUGGUGAACAACUACACGCUAAGCAAUGCUUCAGUGUAUCGGGAAGGAUAUCCUUUGUACCGGUAUUACAUCGCCUUUCGAAAGGACAAAGCUGCGAGGAUCUCCUAUGAGGAAGAAAAACUACUGGAUGCUGGCGGAAGCUUGUGUCAGGGAGAAACUCCAGUGGAGAAAACGCUGCAACAAGGAAUUGAUGGCAACUUGAUUAAAUUUAUCUACACUUUCCGGCAAAACGGUGGAUUUUUGAUGACAUUUCCUACCAAAAUUGACGGGAAAUUUGAUAUACAGGAUAACAAAACUCAGACCUUCGAACUAACAGUUCUCGCGAGUUACAAUAUAUCGAUAGUGGCAGGAACAACUUGUAAACAGGUUGGGAUGACGGUACACGGCACAAUGGUUACACUGUACCAAACGAAUCCAAACGUUACAAGUCAGCCACCAACGACAGGAAACCACACCGAGCCGACCAAGUCCACCCAAACAAAUACAACUGACGCGAUAACUGUACCAAGCGAAGCUAGCAAGUUGCUGCCUCUUCAAGCUGCAGUUGUCUUGUUUGCAUUUAUUAAUACGUUUCGUGGCUAGGUUCUGCUAAUACCGGACGUGUCUCUAAGACUGUUUCAACUGGUGAUGUUGUAGAAUAAGGCCUUUAUGUUUUUUGAUUCUGUUGAAUAACCUAGCCUAGUGUUACUUUUUCAUUUUACUUUUUCGAUGUGUUCUAGAUUCAGUUUCGCGAUAGUUUUGACAGUGGUAAACAAAGUAAAUUGCGUUGGAGUAUCACGAGAUUCGUAAGUAAAAUAUAAACCCAUUUUUUAACAGACGUUAUCCUCGGCGUCGUCCUCGUGGUUUCUUAAGCUCCCUAAUUAGGCUAACCGGAGCGCUAUUCAAACAUUUCGUCGUUUUGCCAUUCCGUCUCAAAAGACGGAAUGAAACACAAUGAAAAUUGUUUAAUUCUGUUGAAUAACCUAGCCUAGUUUUAUUUUGUCGUGACCGUCUGACCGGGUUUCGCUGAUCAGAAAAUACAGUAUUUGCAUAGUGAAAGGCAGUGGCUUAUAGAUCACGGAUUAAGAAUUCAUGGACAAGUAGCCAUGCAGGAUUCACUGCAAUCUGGAAAGUAGUCUGGUAUAAUGACAGACUGGAUUUCUUUUGUCUUUUCACUAGUGCAUUCGAAGAUACCAAUGACCCUAGUUUUCAUGUUUUGUUCUGUUGUAUUUAAAUUAUCAAUUCGUGUUGAAAGCGUGCCACAUGCGAAGACAGUUUGUAAAUUUAUUUUACCGUAUGUAGAAGACAAACAACUCUUGUCAGAAAUAAGUGUUGUUAUAGGAAAAUGUCAAACCAGUGUUUACCUACGAAGUAUACUAUGUUUGGAUUGCUUGCUGUCACUCACUCAGUUUUUGGCUGAACGUCAGUUUUAAAAUCUUUUGUAUACAUUUGUGUUAUUUGUCAAGCUCCAAUGAUAGUUUUGUUCUGUUUAUUUGUACACAUACGUUCUUUAACGAGCUUUGUAGCCCCUAGGCGCUGCGUGUACUUGUAAAAAUAAACAUUUGAUUGCUGUUUUUCCAAUUA